AUGGACCAAGUAACAUCGCAGCUACAGUUCAGCCCUUCACAUACAUUGCAGUUCGCGCUGGAGGAGCGUCUGCAAGAGAAUGCACCGGUCACUCCUUCAAAAUCUCCAAACAAGACCAGGCUCACGGAAUCGGAAGACGACAUUUGCAGUUUGUUCGACGAGUACCCAACCAGAUUAGAUCUGUCUCAUGUGCUUAAACUCGACGGAGUUCGGAAUGACCGAAGCACGAACGCCAAAGCUACUACUCCAAAAGUACCCUCCAUUCGGCAGCCUGAUACGCACUUCAUCUUUGACGUACCCUUGCCCACAAAUCCAACUAAUAGUCCGGCGUCCGAAAGCGAACAGGCAAAGCACCUUUCGUCUGCACAGCUGUACCGCGAAAGACACAGAAAAAGUGCGCUCUCAUCACAUAAGAGUAACACCUCGAUCACCCUCCCGGAUUGCAGCUCAAAGAACGUCCGAGCCAGCCUCUUGACCAAUGAAGAUGGGAGUGUUUGGAGACCACCAAAGCCGCCGAAGCCUCCUUUCCUCACUGAUGCUGCAGCAGAGAGUUUCAGACUUUCUGGCCAAGUACAACCACGAGCAAGUACAAUCUCACCGGAGCGCAAGCACCCCACGCCAUCGUACCGCACAGAUCUUUCCCAGCCUCGAAGAUUGCCCCGGCCACACUCCCGCUUUGUGGAGUAUCUCCCUUCGGAAGAGAAAAAUGCCUUGACUGCGCAAAGAAAGGAGACAUGGAUCGAUUCAAGCCCACAUAAGCCUCCUGAUCAGCGGAAGGUCGCCCAUCGCGGUGUUGAAAAUGCCUACCGUGUUCUAUUAGGCGAUCCAAACAAGCCAUUUCCAGCUCCAAUACCCACCAGUGAUAGAUUACCACUACUUCGAGCUGUACUUUCCCCUGAGUCCCGGAUCGCUUUCUUGAGGUCACUCAGCACCGAUUAUGGAGCCUCGCCUGGCAGACCGAAAGAGAACACAUUCCUGAAGCAUUUAGCCGGUUUGCUGUCGCGUCCCUCCAGAUUGAUUCCCCGCUGGCAGAAGCUUCGCAGUUCUACUCCGAUAACAUUGACCCUAUACCAGCCUCUGCACAGUCCGCGGUGCUCGUCGCUAGUUCAAGUGUCAUACAUGGUGCAUGUUGAAGCCGUUUUAUCAGCCUACCGGAAGCGUGUCGCGGAUUCCGAGCAGGAUGUACCUUCUUUCGAGACUUCAAUGGAUGCAUAUACACGUCUUUUCGAAUUGCGUCUCCCUGUGCCGACCUUAUGCUUCGACAUCAUCCAGCCAUUCGUCGUUGGUAUGCGGCAUCCGGUCUUAGUGACCAUUGCAUUGAUGUUCGUCUGUGUCUUCACAAUCAUUCUACGAUUCCUUACUGGUAUGGGUUGUCGGGAUCUGUCCAGCCGUCAUGAAGACGACUCUUAUUUGGAAGAGGAAGAUUCAGAUUCCGCUGCACUUCAAAGGUGA